GCUACACAGAGACUGGUCCUGUCCCACGUUGUGUUAGCAGGAAGGUAAAUGUGUUGACCGUCCUCUGCCGAAGCUGGUGGUUCGUAUUUAGACCUGCGGAACAGUAUGGCGCGACAGUAACACGGGUGUUGUACGUAGCCCACAAAAGGUGCUAACACCCGGGGUGUAACUAUGUCAGUAAACCGGUGUAUGUCUUUGUUUUCUCGGCUGCAGCGCCACAUUAACAGCCGUGCUUGCCGCAUCACCGCUGGCAGCUGUCAUGUAACUCCACAUCAGGCCGGUUCUGCGGUUUGCAGCCGAAAUGUUGCAUCCAACAGCUCUCCUCCAAAAGCCCCGGACACUUCUCUCUUUGUCCCCGUCUCUCUGAAGACCGACUCGUCGGCAGAUGGGAGUGUAGGAGCAGAGCUGACCCAGCCGCUCGAGAAAGAUGAACUUUUGAAAGUUUUGAACCGGUUUUAUAAGAGGAAGGAGAUGCAGAAGCUGGCAGCAGAUCAUGGCCUGGAUGCUCGUCUAUUCCACCAGGCCUUCAUCAGCUUCAGGAAGUACGCCCUGGAAGUGUCGACACUCCCCGCCGAUCUGCACAUCAUCUUCAGUGACAUCUGCUGCGGAGGAGGUCACAUAGACGACAUCUACCCGUACUUCAUGCGUCACGCCAAGCAAAUCUUUCCCAUGUUGGACUGUAUGGAUGACCUGAGAAAGAUCUCAGACCUCAGAGUCCCUGCCAACUGGUACCCUGAGGCUCGUGCCAUCCAGAGGAAAGUGAUUUUCCACGCUGGUCCCACUAACAGUGGUAAAACCUACCACGCCAUCCAGCGCUACCUGGCUGCUAAGUCUGGAGUCUAUUGUGGCCCUCUAAAACUACUCGCCCACGAGAUCUUUGAGAAGAGCAACAAUGCUGGUGUGCCCUGUGACUUGGUUACAGGAGAGGAGAGGACUUUCGUUGACUUGGAGGGUCGAGCAGCUGGUCAUGUGGCCUGCACCAUUGAGAUGUGCAGUGUCACCACGCCUUAUGAGGUGGCUGUAAUUGAUGAAAUUCAGAUGAUCAGAGACCCUUCCAGAGGCUGGGCCUGGACCAGAGCACUGCUGGGUCUCUGUGCAGAGGAGAUCCAUGUGUGUGGAGAACCUGCAGCCAUAGACUUUGUCAGAGAGCUGAUGUACACCACUGGGGAGGAGGUGGAGGUACACACCUACCAGCGUUUAACUCCAUUCUCAGUCUUGGAUCGGGCUGUGGAGUCAUUAGACAACCUGAGUCCAGGGGACUGUAUCGUCUGCUUCAGUAAAAAUGACAUCUACUCCAUAAGCAGACAGAUUGAGGCCAGAGGACUAGAAUGUGCUGUAAUCUAUGGGAGCUUACCUCCAGGCACUAAGCUUUCACAGGCCAAGAAGUUCAAUGACCCCGAUGACCCCUGCAAGAUCCUGGUCGCUACGGAUGCCAUUGGCAUGGGCCUUAACCUGAGUAUAAAACGUAUCAUCUUCAACAGUCUUGUGAAGCCUAAUGUUAAUGAGAAGGGGGAGAAACAGAUGGAGACCAUCAGCACAUCACAGGCUCUGCAGAUAGCUGGCCGCGCAGGGAGGUUCUCCUCCAAGUUCAAAGAGGGAGAAGUUACCACCAUGCACAGAGAUGAUCUGCCUGUCCUGAAGGAAAUACUCAGCCACUCAGUAGACCCCAUAGAGACUGCAGGUCUCCAUCCCACAGCAGAGCAGAUAGAAAUGUUUGCAUAUCAUCUACCUGAUGCUACACUAUCCAACCUUGUUGACAUAUUUGUCAGCCUCUCUCAGGUGGAUGGUAUGUAUUUCGUCUGCAACAUUGACGACUUCAAGUUUCUGGCUGAUAUGAUUCAGCAUAUCCCACUCAACCUGAGGUCCCGCUACGUCUUCUGUACUGCUCCCAUCAACAAGAAGCAACCCUUUGUAUGCACCUCCUUCCUGAAGUUUGCACGUCAGUUCAGUCGAGAUGAACCCCUGACUUUUGACUGGGUCUGUCGCCAUGUCAGCUGGCCUCUGGCUCAACCCAAAAACAUUAAAGACCUGGCUCACUUGGAAGCUGUUCACGAUGUGUUGGAUCUUUACCUCUGGUUAAGCUACCGUUUCAUGGACAUGUUUCCAGACACUGCCAUGGUUCGAGAAAUCCAGCAGGAGCUUGAUGAUAUCAUCCAACAGGGCGUCCGAAAUAUCACCCGUCUCAUCAGAGCCACUGACCCAACCAUUACUAACUCACCAAAGGCACAGAGCAGCAGGCAUAGACAAACAAGUGGCAACAGUGGAACUGCCGAUAGUAAUUAUUUGACCGGCAGCAGAGGUCAAAGGGGACAGAGGGGCUCAGGAGAGAUGAUGGACAGCUCUCUGGCCAGUCGACUGGUAAGAGACGGGCUGUUGACCCCUGAUUUGCUCCGGCAGCUGCAGAGGGAGUGGUCCAAAGAUCAAAAGCAGGAUUUCACCAAUCAGCGCGCACUCGAUACAGAACAUCACAAUAAUAACAACAAAGGAAAAAGGAAAAAGAAGAAGAAAUGAAGAGUAAAACAACUACGUAUUGAUGGUUGCACGAUGUCAUUACUGUUCCAAUGGAGUUCAAUAACUGAUUCAAGCCUGGGGUAGUAUCUGGUGGUUAGUAUGAAAUGAAUCAUGAUUUCAGGCAGUUCAAAUGGAUCUGUGAACCUUUUCUAGCCCUGGAGGGAUCAUAAAAAGCAUUUAGCUUGAGCUGUCAUAAUAAAGACACCAAAAUGUAGCUUGAACACAAGAGCAGUGUUGUAUGGUCAUAUGGUUUUGUCUGAGAUUUACACCAGAAUACUGUCAUUAAAUUUGUCAUGUAAUUGCUUAUUUUCUUACUAAAAGGUAACUUUGUAUGUUUU